AUGGUUCGCAACGCGCGAUAUGGCGACGGCGUCGCCAAUUCGUCGCGACCGCCUUUGCCUUCUGCCAGGGGCCACUCGCAGUCAUUCACUGCCGGCUCGAACCCCAACAGCGCGCCCAUGCCCAACUUCUCGGGUCAGCGUCGUCGAUCACAACCUGCUUCUUCUAGCUCUCACAAGAAAUCAUAUUCACCUCUCCCGGAGCCGUCAUUCGAUCUCAUGUCGACCUCGGCGCCGUCCCUGUUCGGCGACAUGAACUACCAGAUGCCCGCCCAGCACUUCGACCAGCACCAAGAUUCCAAUCCUAUGAACUCGUCGGGAUCCUAUGACAUAUCCGGGCUGCCAGCGACUACCUUCGCGGGCUCUUUUGACUCCUCAGCCGAUCAUUACCUGACCCACAGUCUGCCCGCAUAUGAGCCAGCGCCGGGCUCUUACAGCAGCACAGACUUCGCUGCCAUGAGCGCUCCUGAGAUGGCCUUCUCACAUCCGGCUCUCGCUCCUAAUUCCACCAAGAUGAACUCGCCUUUUAUUUCGAAUGGUCCAGUCUUGGCUCCACCAGUGUCCAACCGUCCGGCGCCGACAACGGAUUCGAUGAACAAGAACUCGCCACAGACACCACGAAAGAUCAUCAGGUCGAAAUCGGCGGCAGCAGCAUCGCGCAAUCAGCCCUUGCUGCCCGCUCCAUCUAGUGUCAAAACGCCACCUCGUGCUCUUGGCCAACGCGACCCAAAUGCAAAUGCCAUCAAGCGUCACCUGCCCGACUCCCCUACCCUCGAAACGACCUCGCCUAGAAAGGCUCACAAGAGAUCAAAGACGGACGAGCCUGGACGCCAUCGCUCGCCUGUUCCCAUUCCUGAUGCCGAGUCAUUCCCGGCUGUCGACCCUGGAGAGGAAAACAACAAGCCACCGUACACAUACGCUCAAAUGAUCGCACUGGCGAUUUGGAAAGCCCCUGCGCGACGCCGCACCUUGGCCCAGAUCUACGACUUCAUCAGGACGACGUGGUGCUACUAUCGCAAGGACGACACCUGGGAGAACAGCAUUCGACACAAUCUGAGCCUUCACAAGAAAUUCUUCGAAAAGCAGGCGCGGGCUAAGGAUGACCCCGGCAAGGGAAACUACUGGCUCAUCAUUCCUGGAAAUGAGCGCGAGUUGCUCGACGUAUAUCUGAAGGAGAGGUCGGGCACUGAGGGUGCCAUGCUUGGCAAGAGCAUGGCAGUACCCUCGAGUGCUCGGCUGGAACCGUCAGCUCUGCCUCCGCCUCAGAAAGAGCCAGUGUUACCACCUCAGCCGUCUAACUUCCAGCUGCAUCUUCCACCUUUGCCGAAGUUGCAACCACCAGCGCCUGUUCAGCCCGAGCCGUCCUCGGAUGCCACUAUUCCCGCCUCUGAUCAAGCUUUCGAGGAACUCGAAGCGGCGAAUGACCACCAGGAGGAAUACAACACUCUUGAUGCUGCGUUGAGUUCCUCUCCCCCAUCCAUUUCUGGACAUGUGUCUAUCCCAAGUGACACCCCAACCCGCACUGCCAGAGCCGUGGGCUCGUCCGGUCGCACAUCAGGCAACCGCAAGCGUGGCUCAAUGAUUGAUAGUGGCUACAUGACCAAUAUUGAAUCCUCCAUCUUGCGGUAUGGCCAACAAAGACCUCCUGUGUUUUCCUCCGAGGCGGACAUCCACCAGUUUCAGGGUGGCGGACGUGCCGAAGAUGCCAUCAGAAAGCUGCGCGCAUCUUCGCCGGUCAGUCCUUCUAAGCCCAAGUCUCGCAUGCUCCCACCGUCUUCCUCCCCUGUUGGCAAAGGCUCUCCGCUACGCUACCGGACUUCACCUUCCAAGCCGCCUGCGGCAGUCAAGACACCAGCCAACGGGAAGAAGUCUGUCGCACGCCUUACGGGUGCAACAACGCUUGCACCGCCCAAGACGACUUCCAAGUACAACACCUCGCCUAUCCGUCAACACGACAAACUCAGGGCUAACAUCCGAGAGAUGCUGGAAACGCCACAGCAGGUGCGCGACUACAACAAGAAAUUCCCUGGUCGGCAAAGCAAGGCAUCAUUUGCCAUCUGGGAAGAUGAGGCGUCGGCCCCAGAGUCAGAAUCCCCUCUAGCCAAUUCGGCCGGGAGAAUGCUCGACGAGAUCAUGAGUGAGAAGCGGAACCGAAAACCGGCCGCUUCUCCCUUCAAGUUUGCGUCUCCUCUCAAGGCCUUCCCGCUCUUCCCACCCAUCGACGAGAACACUGCAUGGAACCUUACAUCCCCCAGCAAACUAUUGUCCUCUCCAAGCAAAUACUUGCCCGAGGUCAGCAAGCUUCCAGAAUAUGAUUCAGAGAACUGGAUCAUCUCUGAGAACGUGAGUGGCUUGGACACCGAGAUAGAUCUUGAGAACUUUGGGUCUGAUGACUCGAACGCACUGGAUCUCACUCAAACCUUCCGAAGCAUCGGCGAAGUUCCCACUGGUGCUGAGGCGUAUGGUCCUGCCACUCUGCACCGAUUUGGCUAG